UGGUCCGGGAGAGCAGCAUGGUAGUAGGAGCAAGAGCGCCGCUGACUUGGUUUGCUACCCCCAGAUUCACAACACCGCCUCCCGUGCGCUCUCGGUUACGUGGCGGAACAGCUCGUCAGGGGACGUUCAACCCAGAGAUCUUGUGCGUUUACGCGCGGCGGUGAGGUUUGUUUUCUGCUGGACCAGCAGCGCUCGGGCAGCCGGCGGAGGCGGUUUGAGUCCUCUCGAUGAUCCACGGCGAACCGGAGGAGGACAGACCUCGAGCUGAACGGGGACUGCGCUGCUGCUCAGGAGCACUUCUUCUCUGAUUUUCGCGUCUUUCCUUUGCACACGAAACGUCGCCUCCUGUUAGUAAAUUUCACCGCGAGUUGGAGAAAGUGCUCGCGGAGCGGAGCUGAGUCGGAGGAAAAUUGUCCGUGGCCGAAUCAGAAUUUUGUUUGAUUUCGCGACUUUUAGCGUUUUUAAAAUAUUGUUUUCAUUUGACCAAGUUACUCGUUUAAUGUAGAGAAGUCUGCCAAACACAGACUGGAUUCAGACUCGCUAUUUUUUUAAAAAAAGAAAGAGAAAGACACUCAAGCUUAAAUGUUGUUAAACACCGAGGAAGGAGCCACAUCUGUUCGGGAAUAAAAAGCCUGAGCUGGACUGAGAUCCCUUCUCAUCACCCUUCACUAUAUUCAUCAUUUUUUUUUUUUUUUUAUUUUUUUUUUUUUUUUUUCAUAUAAAUAAAAAAGGACUUAAGGACGAUUUUGUUUCAUCGGAGUUCCAGAGCAAACAUGCCGCAGGUGGAAAUGAUCCUCUUCCUCAUCCUCAUCAUUGGGGUGUGCGUGUACGGCCAGGACCCAGCGUCCAAGGUGGUGUCCGACCGCUACGCCGUCUUCUGGAACCGCACCAACCCGAGGUUUUACCGAGGCGAUUACCACAUUGACGUCUGCAUCAAUGACUACCUUGACGUCUACUGUCCGCACUACAUCAGCCCGGUUUCCGACGACCGGGCCGAACGCUACGUCCUCUACAUGGUGAACUACGAUGGCUACAGCUCCUGCGACCACACCGCCAAGGGCUUCAAACGCUGGGAGUGCAACAGGCCUCUGUCGCCGAACGGACCGCUUAAGUUCUCUGAGAAAUUCCAGCUUUUUACACCCUUCUCUUUGGGCUUUGAGUUCCGCCCUGGCAGAGAGUAUUACUAUAUUUCCUCCAUCACUGACGAAAAAGGAAGGAGGAGCUGCCUUCGACUCAAAGUCUUCGUCAGACCUCAAAACAAUUGUGUGAAAAACUCCGGGAGCACGCAGGAAGGGGUCGAUUUUGAGGACAACAAUCACAACUCCCUAGAACCCAGAGACGGCAUCAGUCAUGAGUCACCAGAGCCGGCGAGAAGGGACGUGAACUCUGCCGGUCGGCACCAGACUUCACUCCUCCUGCUCAGCUUUUCCCUCAUGCUCCUAGCCGCCAUCUUGUCUUUAUAGCGCCCAGUCGCUGAAAUUCUCCCCAGGAAUUGACUGUCCUGAUUGGACCACAGGCCACUCCACCCUGCUACCCCUCCCCUCAAGGAGCACUUUUUUUUGAAGAAAAAAAUAAAUAAAAGAACAAAAACACUGACAAUCUCUCCACGUGAAAGGAGAGAGGAAAGGACUUCGACGCUGAAGCCUUUGUUGCUUUUUGACUUUGUAAAAUGCCAACCAGUGUGAUUCCUGACUCUCCGGCAGGCGCCGAUGGCCGAGGCACCCCAAGGUCAAUGCGUCUCUUACCUGUCUGCCUCGCCACCAUUCACAGUGUGCAGAUAUUAGGCCACUUAUUUGUGUUUAAGACGAGCACACAAAUAUGCUUUUAAACAUAUAAACCCAGAGAACACAAUCUACACAAUCCUUGGCUCCAACAAGCACAACAGGAUCCCUCAAAAGUUUACAGACCUUACCAUUUUUUUUUUUUUGUGUUCAGGAACAUCACAUAACCCCCGACAUUAACAUGAUUUAAUCUCACCUCCAAGCGGGAGAGGUUCCAAGACAAGCGCGACACAUCACGUGCUGGCCAGCAGGAAGGAAAACAAGAAAGGAUGCCGUUGCUGGGCGACUGUUGCUAGGACGUGUGGGGGGGCAAGGGGCGGGACUUCGAUGACUUAACCUUCCUCUCAGGUUAAAAAGAAUGCAUCAUCUGAGACUGUGGAAGACACUCGUUGAGAGAAAAUUUGAAGAAGCACUCAUCUUUUAGUGUUCGGAUAGGGGCGAGUUAAUGAUCGAUUAAUGUAUUUGUGUUUUUUUUUUUCUUUCUUUUUUUUAAAUGAAUCACGUAAUACAAUUGUAGCAGCCAACACGGGUGUACAGUAAAAUAUUUGAACGGAGCGUAGAAGUUGAUAUGGUAUUUUGCCAGGCGAAAUGUAUUUUCCUAUUUAUUGUGAAGUCCUUGUGCUUUUUUUUUCUUUUUCAGUUUAGUCUGUAAGUACAGUAGAAAGGCAAUAAAAAACAAAUACCCAUUAAAUUAGUUCAUAUUACACACCGUUCAUUUGAUUUAAAGAAAAAAAAUAAGUUUGCUUGGACUGGUUGCCCAUGAUAGUUUUUAUUAUUUUAACACAGUCCUGAAAGGAAAAAAAAAAAAGAGACUGAUGUGCUAUCAGGGUGUAGAAAUCGUAGAAUAUUUGUGUUUGAAAUCUGUCAUUAACAAAUGUCACAAAUGUAGUUUUACUGAUACACUAUUGUUUUUGUGGAUCACUGUCAUAACACACGACAAUUGUAAAUAGAGGCAAAUUUUCUACAAAGUUCAGGGAUGUGUCCAUGCCUAACAUGUGGUAAAAAAAGAGGGAUUGUCCUCCUUGAAUAAAGCAAAAGUUUUCCGUGGUUAAAAGACCUUUCAGCGAGACGGUGAGCGAGUUGCGAGACAGGUGGUAGCGUGGCACAUGGGGCGGUUUGCUCUCUCUGAUGUCGUGUGAAGUGGCGUCUGUACAGAAACUAUACCGGGGGCACCCUCAUACCGGCUAUUUCUGGAAUGAAAAAUCGACCACCAGGGGAGAUGGGAACAGACAGAGUGAGGUGUCCUGUUCUCUCGUGGCAAACUGAAACUAAGAGGGGAAAGAGGAGGAGAAGGGUAGACAUGUGAAGCUUUGUAGUACUCCUGCUAAGAUCGAUACUCUGCUCUUUUUUUGUCCUUCUUCCAGCAGUAAGGUGUGAUAAGGAUUCAUUUUCACUCAAAUUAAAAAAUAGCCCUGGUAAUUUUAAAACUGAAAACCAGUGUGAAGUAAUAUUAGGACCACUGUUGAUGAAAAUAAAAUUAAUAAUGAGAUCAAAACCUUAAAGGAAUAUUAGAAUUAAAAAGGGAAUUGUAGUAACAAUUUAGGAAUGUGAGAAACAAAUGUUAAAACUACUCAUUUUAGGGGAAAUGUUACAUCACAUUUAGUCAUUUAGGGAAAACUUUUUAUUUGAAAAAGCCAUUCGACAAGAAUAAACAGCGUUUUAACCUGGCAACAUGAGAGUAGAGUUGUAGUUUUAUUAAAACACCUGAAUAUAAUGCAUAAAGUCACACAGAGUAAUAGUGUAAGGAUACAAUGAGAUCAGAGUAAUCUAAUGAGCAGAAUAUUAUGGAAUAAAUUUAUUAUAAUUUAUUAUAAAUUUAUUAAGUCCUAAUACUGCAUCACUGUACAGAGACAGGGCUGGGUCAGAGAGGAACAUGUAUCAUACAGGGCCGUGCCAUCUUAGCUAUUGGCUAUAUUUUCCCUGCUUGGCAAAUGCAAAUUCCACACCUCCAUAUUUUUAGGUACGUUGAAGACAGGGCGUGAAAUCUGUGACGUGUGAAGUGCGCCUCAUUCCUCUUUUUAAAAAGUACAUCCUUCUAGUUAAAAGACUUCUUUUUAUGUGGCAACAGUAAAAUCAUCAGCUUCCCUCAGUAGCCUCAGUAAGGAUCACUUCUGACUCAGCAUGAAUUCAUUACUCUGAGUAGCUUUGCAUUAAACGAUCUCUGAUUACUUUACUUGCUCCUUUUGCCCCAGCGGUGUUUCACUUGUCUCAGUGUGAAAUAUAUAUAUAUGAAAAAAAGAAAUGUCAUUAAAUCCAAGCUGGGAGUGCAAGGAGAGGAGCUCCGAGGGUAAUAACAUUACACUUUAAGUUUGCAGAGAUGACGUAGCCCACAAAUUCCUCAUCUGAGGUGACGUUUUGUUCGUUUGCGCUUCUGAAAUAGGGAUUUUUAAAUCUUGACACCUGACGCCCAUCGGCCUCUGUACAUGUUAACUCAGCCAUCAUUAAUAGUCCACCGAUAUCCUCGCCUAACAGCCACACGACAUUGAGAAACAAAAGAACUAUUAAUUUUGUGGAUACUGUGUAUCCAGUAGUUAGUCCCUUGUAACAUACAGUGUUAGGUUCUUUCUGCUUUCCCCCCAGCCACACCUCUUUCGAAGGGCGAUUUAACUGACACAUUAAUGUUCUUAGCAAGAAAAAAAAAAAGGUUUGAUACGAUAAAUGCUGAAUUUCAUUUUGUAUGUCUUUUAUAUGAAACAGGAAAAAAAAAUAAACAGGAUCAACAUUGCAUCUGCAAACGUGGCACAUAUCAAACAAGCAGUAUGGCUGGGUUACAAUCAUGACUCAAAAGGGCCUGAAGAAAGAACAGAUGGAUCUGUGUUUCCUUUCCUUUUUUUUAAAAAAAAACACACACACACAAAAAAAACAACAACAACUGGUCUCGUUUAUUGUAUUGUUGCAUCCAAAGUGUCUUUACGGUGCAGGAUGUUCUUUAUUUUUCUGUUGUGGAGUUCUGCUUAUCUUCACCUCCAGCUGUUUCGGGCCGAGCUGUGGUUCCGAUCACUGUAACGACGGCCGACACGAUUGACUUUCCGUUGGCGUGAAAAAGCUCGGUGUGUUUGCGGCAGAGGAAGAAAGUCUGUUUUCUGCAUCGAAUUGUGAUGUUUCAUGUGUUUUUGAACGAACUCUGCCGCAAGGAGGACUGGUAACAGGGACUAAGGACAUCUUCACCCAGCGUUGGUACCACGUAGCCUGAAGCUAACACCACCGUGUCCCUGGUUUGCGGCGUCUGUUCCUCAUCCUCUGUAUCUUAAAACCGGAUGUGUGCUUUUGUCAGUGCAUCUAGCAGUGGGAAACUUUUCUAACUAUGGCCACAACUGUGCUUUUUCCCCCCCAACUAGAAAUGGAUGUGCCACGAAACUGCACAUUUCUUUUAACAUUGUAGUAACUGUACCUUGUGCCUAUAUGAGUCCCAUCUUCUCCUGUACUCAUCUGAACUACUCUGUCUGUUUUCUGCUCAACCCCUCACUAGACUUUUCUACAAAAAGGCCAUUUCUUUGUAAAUACACGUGUUGGAGCAGCUAUGACUAACUAAAAGAAACAACAAAAAAAAAUGAUUUAAUAAAUAUUUCUUUGUCGUUGUAA